AUGGAGUGGCUGGGAGCUACAGCACAAAGGAGCCAGGAUACUAUGAACACCAUGACAGCCAUGAUGCAAUGGCAAGUUAACGGGCAGUUCAGGAAGGACUGUGAGGCUGCCAUGGCCAGAAUUCCAAACCUAGAUGUUGUAAUCCAGCAGCUAGACCUCCCUUAUGGCCCUCCACCAGGAUUGGCGUGGUCAUACCAGGAGAACCCUCUCAUAGCACAGAUGGCUGGAAUACCGGGGCGUGGAGAGAUCCAAGCUGGACAAAGGGGAAGAGCCUUUCCCAUCUAA